GUCAAGUCACGUUCGUUGAACCUAUGCCGUAUAAAAACGCGUUCAUCACUGGAGACAAAGACGCCUAACGCUUAGAUUUAAACAUUGAUGUUCCUCACCUUCUCCGCCAACAAGAGACGCGACGACGCCUCACUGCUGCAAAGGAAUGCGCCCAUAGAAGGUGAGGAGCCUCCAGCUACACCUAAGCCGCCAAGCUAUGCAAUUGCGGUCGACGUCUACGUGCACCAAGUCACAGAGAAAGACGAGGCGCAAGGCACGGAGACGUGGGUAGUGGAGGGUCGUCCUGAGAGACACCUCGCCAGAGGACAUGUACUGACCCUCCGACACGAACAUCACGUGCUUGGAUCGGGACGUAUCUCCAAAGUCACAGGCCUCACGCGUCACUGGGUCACGUUCCGACUUGCCGGGACACGCGAAGGAGCUCAAAUCCGAGUCCCCAUCCCCUGGGCAGGCCUGAGCGGCCUCUACUGCUAUACACAUACUACGGCCUAUCACACCCUGUCGCAGACCCCAGAACCGCAUGCGGUCUUCAGAGGCACGCCCCCCUUUGCCGAUCCCGAGGAGAAUCCGUACGAGUUCGAACUAUCUCCUGGGAAGCUCCUCCGCCUCCGAGCGAAGUUUGUCUCCAACCGCGAAGUAGAGAGUACGAGCGAAAUGCUUGGGAACGAUUCCAUCUGUAACACUUGACCAGCGAUAGAAUACCUCGUGGAGGCGUGCGAGGGGUUUGUGUCGAUCUUAGAGCGUAGAGCUGGUCCGCCCUGUAUUUUUUUCCCUCAGACUAUCCAAUCACUUCAUCUGAUCACCUACAACUCAA